ACUAACGACCCGACUGACAACACAUCGCCUUCCGAACGUAUGCGAGCGAAAGAGACAACUCGCUGUGACUUAGAGCGAAAAACAAGUUUGUGAGCUCAAAAUGAACGCACAAAUAUUUUACAACGACCAAUAUCCAUUUGACAGUCUGUGAGUAAAGAAUUUUUCACUUGGUACAAAGCGAGUGAUUAUUUUUGUGUUUUAGUUAAAUUUUCUUUUCAAAAGAUCAAACCAACAAACACGGUAUAAAUUGAGAAUUUAUUCAAUGCUUGAGUGAAAUAAAUACAAAAAUCUAAGGGGAACGUUAAAAAUUCCGCAAUCCACGUAGAUUUUCAUUUUUUUACUUAAUUGCGGUGCAAUUCAUAGCAAAGGGUUUCCAUUUUCAACGUCGUCCAAUGAAUAAAAGCCGAGAAGAAGACUCAAUGGACGAUAAGAAAUCGCUUCGUUUCACCGAGGAAGAGAAAUUGGUGUUGUUUUCAUUGUUUGGCAAAUAUAAGGAUGUGAUUGACAUUCGACACCGUCGAAAUUCACAGUCCCAGCACAAACAAGUGCAACUACGGAAAUGCUGGGACACAAUACUUGAAUCAUUUAAUGCACAUGCCGACACAAGCAAACGAACCAUGAAACAAAUCCAAAAGUUUUGGCUCAAUUCAAAAUUGAGAAAACGGUUGCCGGACGACAAAGAUGGUAGUAAAUCACCUGAAAAGCGACAAAAAUUGAUUGAGGUAAAAACAUCGCCGUCGAAAAAGUCAAACGAUGCAGCAUAUCAAGCGUUGGUCAAAACGUGCAAAGAUUCAGACAAUGAUGAUGACGAGCACUCGGACCGGAAACUAUCGCUGCAUACAGCCGAUGAAAUCAUAAUUCCUGAUACAAAUGAAGCCAAUGACGAGCAAUAUGAAGAAGAACAAUACGAUCCAUUGACUGAUUCGUAUUUCCAGAAUGACGCCAUCACACUGAAAGUGAUUAACGAUCAGAUUGAUUUGGCCCUUGCAACGCCGGCACCGUCGAGCAUAGUCACAAUUCCAGCUCAGUCACAGCGUGGAACGACGUUAGUCGCUCUGCCUGGCCAAGGAUAUGAGCACGUUAAAAAACAAGAGCCAUCACCAUCAUCGUCGUCUGCCGCACCCACCACAGCCUAUAUCACUUAUUCACCUUCAUCGACUGCCACCAUCGGCAACCAAAACAUUCAACUAGUGAAAAGUGCAAAUGGAAACUACUUGAUAACAACGCCAACUGCUGCAACAACCCAGCAGGUGAUUCGAAGUGCACGAAUCAAUCAGUCGUCACCAAUUACGGCAACGACAUCGACAAAAGAUCUAAACGAAAACGCAUCCAUUCAGGAUUUACAAAAGCAGGAGCAUUUGUUGCGCGUUCGUGAGGCAAAAUUGCGUUGCGAAGUGCAGGAAAUCGAAAAGGAAAAGGGCCGAGAGGAAUUGCUACAAAUGCGCGAAAUUCAUCGCAUGAAAAUUAAAGAGAUGGAAAUGAGACUACGAAAUAUGGAACGUUCUUGAUAUGAUAAGCCAAAAUUUAUCGAUUGUACUCAAUACAUUUAAAAAUGGUGCAUUCUAUUCUACGAGUUAUGUUUUUCUCCAUGUGCAGUAAUGUAACGAAAUUUUUUAUAUUUGUCAACCACUACUUUUCUAUUGUAAUAAUAAAUAUGACCUAUGACGAUUAAAAA